UCUGUCUCUGUGCGUUCUGUUCAUAUCUUCUGGAGUCACCAUAUAUAAACCGCUCUCUCUCUCUCUCUCUCUCUCUCUCUCUCUCUGUGUAACCAUGAACUCCAUAUGGCAGUAAUGACCUUCAUCAUCACCCUCAUCAUCCUCACUUCAUCACCUGCAAUUCUCAUAUCAUAGCAGCUAUCAUGUCUUUUCCAGACAACCACCUCUCUCACGACGACCUCUCUUCCCACCUCCACCACCCCCACCACUUUCCCCACCAACCGCCGCCGCCUUCCCACGAACCCUCCCCCACCACCGGCGCCUCCUCCGCCCCGAACUGGCUCAACGCCGCUCUCUUCCACAACCCCACCGCCAACUUCCUCAACCUCCACACCUCCCCCACCCCUCCUCCUCCGAUGCCAUGACCGGCGUCAUCGCGCCGCCCCCCGACGCGGCGGAGGGGGAGAGGCGCGACGACGACGGCGUCGGUGCAUUGGAGGACUGGCGCGACGCCAGGCACAAGGCCGAGAUCGUGUCCCACCCGCUGUACGAGCAGCUCCUGUCCGCUCAUGUGGCCUGCCUCCGGAUAGCGACGCCCGUCGACCAGCUCCCCCGGAUCGACUCGCAGCUCGCCCAGUCGGCUCAGGUCGUCGCUAAGUACUCGGCUCUCGGCGCUGCUGCCGGCCACGACGGGGUUGGGGACGACAAGGAGCUUGACCAAUUCAUGUCGCAUUACGUCCUCUUGCUCUGUUCUUUUAAAGAGCAGUUACAGCAACAUGUCCGUGUCCACGCCAUGGAAGCAGUAAUGGCUUGCUGGGAGAUUGAGCAGUCCCUGCAGAGCUUAACAGGAGUUUCGCCCGGUCAAGGAACUGGUGCGACGAUGUCUGAUGACGAAGAUGACCCAAUAGAUAGCGAUGCGACCCUGUUUGAUGGAGGUUUGGAUGGCCCAGACAGCAUGGGAUUUGGCCCUCUCAUUCCAACGGAGACAGAACGAUCGUUAAUGGAACGCGUGAGGCAAGAGUUAAAGCACGAGUUGAAGCAGGGGUACAAGGAAAAAAUUGUCGAUAUAAGGGAGGAAAUUUUACGCAAGAGGAGAGCAGGAAAGCUUCCAGGAGAUACUACGUCAGUCCUGAAAGCCUGGUGGCAGUCGCACGCUAAAUGGCCAUAUCCUACGGAGGAAGACAAGGCGAAGCUGGUGCAGGAAACCGGUUUGCAAUUGAAGCAGAUAAAUAAUUGGUUCAUCAACCAGAGGAAAAGAAACUGGCACAGCAACUCUUCAUCAUCAUCCGUCUCAAAAAGCAAACGUAAAAGGUGAAAGCAGCAGCUAUUGAUCCCUUGAUUCAGAUUUGAGCAAGAGCAACGAUCAAGUUCUGACAUACAAUAUUCAGUGCUUCACUAGAAUGGGUACUUAGAGUUAAUACAAAGAACAUUGGCCAGUGGCCUCAUACAAAGCUUCAUCAAGCAGGAACAUUUGGAAGAUGACUUUGAUUCUAGAAAAAAGAAAAUACGUUAGUGAAGAGGAUGGCUCUCACCUUGCGACAGGAAUCCUGAAGGCAGUCAAUUAACCAUAGAUGCGAUCGUGAUCAUUGAGGGGGUACUGAGCUAGGAAAUUACACACUUAGAACUAGAAGUAAUUUUAGAUGGUUUCAUUGUCUCUACUGCUUGUCCACUUUGCAUUUUGUGAAUAUAUAGGCGUGGUUAGGUACAAUGAUCUCUACAUAGUUCCUCUCCAUUUUGCAUGCUAAUCACAUUUAUAGCUUUUCUUUGCUCUCUAGUGUAGUGUAGAUUUACUGUAAGAGUAACAUACAGUUUGUCCACUGUGAGGUUACCGGGUUUGUAUUGCUACUGGGGAUAAUGACUGAGUAUGGUUAUAGACACGAUCAUUUGUCUGAAAUUCUAUAGCGUAUGUCGCCGGUUCUUAUGAUGAUUUAGCCACUUCAUUGUCA